UGACAAAGCAAAAUCAAAACAAACAAGGAGAGGGAAACUUGAGGCGCAAAAUACCUUUAGUUUUCGAUCAAACGAUGUGAGAAAAGUUUCAUGAGACGAUGAGUGCCUAUCAAGAAAAAGAAGACUUGCUUUUACAGAUAAGAGCCAAACUUCGAAAAGAUGACAUUAAAUUGUGGUUACCUCCAUAUUAUACAUUAGAAAAUAAGCCUUCUGAGGAACAUAUUUCAAAUCUAGCUACAGAAUAUUCUACAACACUAAACAUUCCCUGUGAAUUAUGCUAUAAUGCAAUGAAAGAAUUGCAAAGUCAUGCAUUAGACAACCUCAAGCACAAAAGACAUUAUGAAGAAUCUGGACUAGCAACUUUGAGAAUCAAGAUUCUGCAUCAAAACUCUCCCCCAAGGAUAAUUUCAAAAGAGAUUCGAUUGUCAGCUACUGCUAGUGAUCUGAAAAAUGCUCUAAGACAGGACAUAAAUACAUCAGUUGAUAGGGUAAAACUAAUAUGUACAGGUAAAGUUUUAAAAAAUCAGGAGUCUUUGUCUGACCAAAAUGUACAAAAUGGACAACUCAUUUUGGCAAUAUUACUUAAUGAUGGUGAAACAGAGAUUACUGAUAAUGAAAAGAAGGUACAGGAUUUGGAAAAUACAAAAUCUGAUUCAAGGCUUCUUGCCCUUGAUAAUGAGUAUAUGCAGUUAGAAGAUCAGUUUGGGAAUGCAGUAAAAAUUCCGUCUCAUGAGAAAAAAGCUCUAGUUGUUGCUAUGACUUUACAUGAGAAAGGGAGAUCUGUAUUAAAAAAGAAGGAUUAUACUAGGGCAUUGAUAUACUUCUUAGAAGCUGAUGAAGAAUAUGGGCUGUGUAACUCCCAACUUCUGAACACAGUAGAUAACUAUGCUUUAUUAAAUUUGGAUAUAGCAUGGUGCUAUUUAUGUUUAGAAAGCGUUGCUCAUCUCCCAGAAGCUGAACGGAGAUUAAAGCAAUGUGAGAGGAAGUUUAUUGACACAUAUGGAGCAAACAUGGAAAGGGUUGUUGCUGUGAAAGGAACUCCAGGAAAUGAAGCUGCCCUGCUUACGAGACUGCACUUACUACAAGCCAUAGUUUUGUAUCAUCAAAAUAAAAGGUCUGAAGCUGUGAGUCUCUUGAGAAAAGUUGAAAGUGAAAUAAAUACCUUGAAAGUGGAUGAACAAAGCGUUUUGUUAUUGGUUGAAUUAGGCUAUACUCCAACAGAAGCUACCCUAGGGCUAAGGGCAACUAAUGGAGAUGUCAAUCACGCAGCAAACUAUAUAAAGGAAAAUAUGGAGAAAAGAGCUGAGAGCAGAAAAAAGGCAAGAGCAGAGGCAGAGCUAGAUAGAGAGAGGAAAAGACUAGGACUAUGCCGCGAUGGCAAGCAAUACAUAGAUCCACGGCUCGUGAAAGUCCUCGUAGACAUGGGCUAUGACAGUGAGGAGGCUCGACAAGCAUUAAAGUACUGCAACAAUGUUAUAUCGGAUGCUGUGCAGCACAUUCAGGAAGUCGGCGCAGCAGGUCAAAGCAGCAGCGUGCAGCAUCACGAACUAAGCGAUAUCAUCGAAGCAUUGGUUCCUGAAUUAGAGCAGGCAGGGUUUGAUCCGAGGAUGGCUAGAUUGGCGCUGAGCAAGUUUAAAGGCGAUAUGACAAAAGCAUUUGAAGAACUCCUGGCCAAUGGUGGAAUUGUAAGUGGCGACCUAUCUGGUAUAAUCACUCGUUUGAGUGUAGAUAGGAUAAAGGAACGUCAACAAGAGGAAAAUCGUAAAAAUGAGGCUUUCAAGAGACUAAAGGAAGAUAUCACCACUGCUGAAGAUGACUACUUAGACAUCGACCUUGUUGAAGAAGAAGCAUUUCUCAAACGGUAUCUCACAUUACUAGACAAACAAAGUUAGUAUAGUCGAUGCGUGAUUCCGGUAUUGUACUGUGUUUAAAAUAAUAUAUAUUAACAAGAUUUGAGGUUGUGUUUUACUAAAUAUUUUUGACAUUCAGCGUUCUGUUAUAUUUGGUGUCAAUAUGAUUUGUGAAAGAAAGAGAGUAUGCACUACAGUAAAAACAAGAGUCAUGUAGAGUCCGCACGGCACUAUAUAAGGCGGCAAACAACCUGUGUAAUAUUCUUUCAAUGUAAAUUGAUUUCUUGCUGUGAUGCAUCUCGCCUUAUUUAUAUUAUCUCAAACCCCACUGUAGAGAAUAAAUAAACUGAUAUCGAGCCCAGAAACAAAUACAACGAAACAGUUCACAAUGCCCACCAGCAUGGUGUAAGAAUUAUACACAUUAUGCGGAAAAUGACCUUCAGGUUUAAGAUCGUGAGAUGGGUGCUCUUGUUGCUCGACAUAAACAAAGCUUCUGUUUCGUACUUGAUUUCUGCCGUUGUACUGAAGAGACGUGCAGCAGAGCUCCAGUUUUUUCUCGUCUCUUCCACAUACCUUACAAAUCCUGUACUUACCAGAAAACUGGAAAUUUAUUCAUGUCCAGUCCAUCAAAAAAAUACGGAUCUAAAACCGACUCUCGCAAAUACAGAGCUAUAGCUCUGCUUUCUGUUAGGAGUAAGGUAAAGGAGAGGUUCGUAAACCGGGAGAACGGAAGCUCCUGGAGUACAUUGAACGUCACGGCUCGAUUACUGACAGGCAGUAUGGUUUCCGGCACCAGUGGUCCACGGGGGACCUAGCUUAUUUACGCAACUGUGGAGUAAACUCAUCCAGUCAUAUGAUGAGGCUCAUGUCGUUGCUCUUGAUAUCACGAAAGCGUUCGAUCAACUGUGGCAUAAUGCCCUUUUAUGCCCUUUCAUCCAAAAGCUCCCAGAGAAGGUUUGCAGAUGUGUGGCUGACUUCCUCUCUGGCCGCAAGAUAUCCGUAUAAUUGACGGGUUCUCCUUUUCAUCCCACAAUUUCAACGCGGGUAUUCUCCAGGAAUCGGUCUUGGCUCCGACAUUGUUCCUCUUACAUAUCAACGAUCUCCUUUCCUGUAUCAAUCAGAUCCACAACUUUGCUGGUGAUAGCACUCCACAUGCAGGAAUAUCAGCGGCUUACUCUCUAACGAAAUACCUCAAUCAUUGCUUUGGUACGCAGUUUAAUACUUCCAAAACACAGUACUGAACUUUGACUAACAAACAGCGUCCUAGCGCUUAUCCGGUUUCGAUGGAUGGCGAAGUUCUGCCAGAGAGCCGUUUAUUUCGGCGACUUGAUCUGGCACCAACACAUCUCGUCGAUAGCAGCAGCUGCUGGGAAAAAGUUAGGCUAUUUGUUUAGUACUAAAAAGUACUUUUCCCCACUUAGUCUCAUCACUCUGUACAAGGCCCAGAUCAAAACUAGCCUCGAAUACUGCUAUGUUUGGGGUGCUGUCGCCCCGACUACAUUAUCAAUGCUCAAUGAUGUUCAGAGGAGGGCUGUAGACUGGUCGAUGACUCUUCUCUAGCGGAGAGUCUCGGGUCUCUUUCGCACCGUUGGACCAUUGGCAAUCUAGCUCUCUUCUACCUCUACGCCAAUGGGCCUUGCUCCUCAGUGCUCUCCUCCAUGAUGCCGCCACCAUGCGAUGUAACCUGAAAGAGAACAAGGUUGGAAAUAGAAGUACAACUAGAAGCCACCAACAAGAGCCAACAGGCACAUUUGUGGCUUCGGUCAAAAGUUCUCGUAUUUACGACGAACCAGCUAACAUCGCCUUGGAGGCCAGCUCUCAGAGUUCACCAGUCAGAGCCGACUAACUUCGGCCUCCCAUCCUAACCGUGUAGAACUUCGUACAUACAGAAUUGGCCGAUACGACCGCUCGUUUGUCCUGGAGUAUCGGGAUUGUGGAACAAUCUGCCUGAAGAAACUUUUCCCAUUUCGACUAACCUUGGGCAGUUCAAAAUUCGGAUUCACAAAGUUUUUAGGUACGCGUCCGCUCCGGUAUAAAAAAAUGCUCGUUUUCGCAGAAAGCAAUAAAUGAUACCAUGUAUUUCCAUUUACCUUACUGAAGAAUUUUGCAUAUAAUAAGACUCCGUUAUUGUUUUAUUAAACGAAAAAUAAUAUGUGUUAUUGUUCAUAAUUUUACAUUAUAUGAUUGAAGGUUAUAUUAAAAC